GCCAACUGCUUGCGUAUAAUAUCAUGUGUGUAAUGUGUAUGUGCUUAAUAAUAUCAUGUGUACAAUCUGCAUGUAUGCAAUAAUUUCAUGUGUGCAAUCGUGCAUGCAAGCAACAAUGUAUUAUGUGCAAUCGUACUUUCGUAUUUUCAUUUUCUUCGUGUGUGCAAUAAUACUUGUAGAUAAUCGGGAUAUAGGCAAAAAAAGCUGUCAGCAAAAUAUUGUGCGCAAUUGAAGCAGUUGGCAAUCGGGAAUGUAGACAAAUGGAACCCCACCCAUUAAGAAUAGUAUCUGAUUAUUAAUAGUUUUUGAGCUGAAGAACGGUUAUAAAUAUAAGCCUCACAUUUAUCUUAUUAGUUCGCGCACAUUUAUUGCACUGAAUUAUAUGUUUCUAUAACGAAAUUUGUGAUUUCCUUUUAAUGAUUUGAGUUGUGUUUCUAUCGUCGCAUCAUGUAAUCUAUCAGCAUUAAUAUUCUUUAGAAUAUCAAGAUAGUUGCCAAAUUUGUCGAAAAUCAAAUAUCUACUUUUAUAUGUAUCAAAAAAUAUUUAUGUAAUACAUAUGAUCCAAGAAUAAAAAAAAAACAAUAAAUAGACGAAGGUUCAGAUUACUUAGACGGUCAAGAAUAUCAGAUUAAGAAACGAUGUAUACUAUAUCGAUAUUAUGUAUGUUUAUUUAUUGAUAUAUUAUUUGUAUAAUAAGUAUUACAUAAAUUAUAAAAGAAACUGGCAACUCAUUAAACUCAUACCGGGACCACCGGGUUUACCAAUUGUUGGCAACGUGUUUCAAUGGCUUACUUCAGAAAAAGAAAAAUGGAAGCUCCUCUGUACAUUAUCUAAUGAAUAUUAUCCUAUCUAUAAAUUUUUGCUGUUUUCCACUUUUGUGGUGUCUAUUCGUCAUCCAGAUGAUUUAGAGACGAUAUUAAGUAGCACAAAACAUAUCGAAAAAGGUUUUUUCUAUGACCCAUUGCAUCCUUGGCUCGGCACAGGACUUCUCACCAGCAAAGGAUUUAAAUGGCAAACGCGGCGAAAAAUAUUAACACCUACAUUUCAUUUUAAUAUAUUGAACCAAUUUGCUGAUAUCUUAAUCAAAGAGGGAGAUUGCAUGACUAAAUUUUUGAUGGAUGUUGGAGGGACAGUAGUAAAGGAUUUAUUGCCAUUUAUUAGUGAACAUACGCUAAACGCGAUAUGCGAAACCGCCAUGGGUGUCUCUUUACGAACUCUCGGCGAAUUCCAGCAACAAUAUCGAAAUGCAAUUCACGACAUGAUCGAAUUGGUAUUUUAUAGCUUUAUUGAAUUACUGUUAAGAUCAUUCAAGCCUUGGUUUCGCAACGAUAUGAUCUUCUCUUUGUCAUCACAAGGAAGAAAGCAAAAGAAAAUUUUAAAAAUAUUGCAUGGAUUUACGGAAAAAAUUAUUGCGGAAAGAAAACUUUAUCACGAACGUACCAAUGAUCAAUACUUAGAAAACCUUGAAAGUCUUAAAGAAGCGGCGACAAAUGAUGUUGAGGUGUUUGGAAUUAAAAAAAAGCGGUUAGCUAUGUUGGACCUUUUAUUAGCGGCAUCUCAAGAAUAUUCUUUAACUGAUUUGGACAUUAGAGAGGAAGUUGAUACCUUUAUGUUGGCAGGUCAUGAUUCCAUAGCGAUAGGUAUAAUGUUUACUUUAUUACUAUUAGCUGAACAUAAGGAUAUUCAGGAGCGUGUGAGGCUUGAAGUCGAUGAUGUGAUGCUAGAGAAUGGAGGGAAACUCAACAUGAGAUCACUGCAAAAUUUAUCAUAUUUAGAUAGAUGUUUAAAGGAAGUGUUACGUUUGUAUCCCAGCGUGGGUAUAAUAUCACGAUGCACUGGAGAUGAUGUAAAAUUACAAUCAUAUGUCGUACCCGCUGAAACGAUCUUAUUGCUUAAUAUCAACGCAGUUCACAGAGAUCCCAAUUUUUGGCCAAAUCCAGAAGUAUUUGAUCCGGAUAGAUUUUUGCCUGAGAAAAUAAAGAAUCGUCAUCCUUAUUCUUAUCUACCUUUCAGUGCAGGGUCAAGGAAUUGCAUAGGUCAACGAUAUGGUCUCUUGGAGAUGAAAUCUAUCAUAGCUCCUUUGGUGCAUAAUUUUUAUUUGGAACCCGUUGAUUAUUUGAAAGAUAUUCAAUUAAAAUUGGAUUUAGUUAUUCGUCCUUCUCAUCCAGUUCAUGUGAAAUUCAUCCCAAUCACAUGCAAACAAAAAUUGUUUAAAACUAACGCGGAUGCUACGUAAGUGUAAUAAAUUGAGUAUACAGCAUUGCAUCACAAAAAUUGAAGAAAAUAAUUAAAGAUAUUAUAUGU